UGAUCCAUUCCUCCGCAUUCGGCCAAUUGUAGCCAUCGCCUCCGUCCUCCUCAGAUCCGCGUCUCCUCCUCCUCCCCCUCUUCUUCUCUUCUCUCCCUCUUCUUCCGUCGUCUUCUUCUUAGCUCGCUGGAAAGUUGGGAUCCUUAGGGGUGGUUCGUAAGGCAGGCGAUAAAGGCGAGAACUUUCGCAGCGGAGAAAUAUGUCGUACUCUUCGUCGUCGGGGUCUGAGGAGGACGAGGGCGUCGACGCCUACCGCAAGGGAGGGUACCAUGCUGUCAGGGUCGGCGAUCAAUUCGCCGGUGGGCGGUACAUCGCCCAGCGGAAGCUCGGAUGGGGUCACUUCUCCACCGUCUGGCUCGCCUAUGACACCCGAUCCGAGAUUUUUGUUGCUCUCAAAAUCCAAAAAAGUGCACCAGAGUUUGCUCAAGCUGCUCUUCAUGAGAUUGAGCUUCUUUCAGCAAUUGCAGAAGGAGAUGCCUCGAAUUCUAAGUGCAUAAUUCGACUGAUUGACAACUUUAAGCAUUCUGGGCCAAACGGACAGCAUCUCUGCCUGGUAAUUGAGUUCCUUGGUGAUAGCCUACUUCGACUCGUGAAGUACAACCGCUACAAAAGCAUUGGGCUAGACAGGGUGAAAUACAUAUGCAAAUCUAUCUUGGUGGGUCUUGAUUAUUUGCACCGGGAAUUAGGCAUGAUUCACACGGAUUUGAAGCUGGAGAAUGUUCUUCUGGUCUCCACCAUUGAUCCUGCAAAAGACCCAGUUAGGUCUGGAUUUACGCCAAUCCUAGAGCGACCAGAGGGUAACCUAAAUGGGGGAGUAGUGGUCAAUUUGAUUGAAAAGAGGCUAAAGGAGAGGGCAAAGCAGGCAAGGGCAAAAAUCUCUGAGAGAAGAGCAUCAGCUGCAGGUCUUGUACUGAAUGAAAGGAGCUUGGAUGGGAUUGAUCUUAGAUGCAAGAUUGUAGAUUUUGGGAAUGCUUGUUGGUCAAACAACAAGUUAACUGAUGAUAUACAGACUAGACAAUAUCGGUCACCAGAGGUAAUUCUUGGUGCUGUAUAUGAUUGUUCUGCGGACAUGUGGUCAUUUGCUUGCAUGGCUUAUGAGCUUGCUACUGGGGAUAUGCUAUUUACUCCGAAAGGUGGCCAAGGGUAUAGUGAAGAUGAGGAUCACUUGGCUUUGAUGAUGGAGCUCCUUGGAAAGAUACCCAAAAAGAUUGCUACAGCAGGAUCCCGGUCGAAGGACUACUUCGACAGACAUGGAGAUCUCAAGAGGAUCCGACGACUCAAAUUCUGGCCACUUGACAAACUCCUGGUUGAGAAAUACAAAUUUCCGGAGAAUGAUGCUCGUGAAUUCGCAGAGUUUCUUAGUCCUCUACUUGAUUUUGGUCCUGAGAAGCGGCCAACAGCGUCGCAGUGUCUGCAACAUCCAUGGCUUCAGGUUAAAGAUGCAAAACCUGGUGUCGAAAAUAAUGAAACCAAUGCGAAGAAGCUGGAGAUCGGCAUGAGCAAGCUCAAAGUUCAGGUGAAAUGAAGAGCUUUUCGUACAUGGCACACCCAAAGGAUUCUUUUCGCUGGAUGUCAUUACUUUGAUCAAAAUUGGAUCACUAUCAUAACACUGGAGAAAGCAGCUUCAUCACGGUGAACAUGGAGCUAACAACAUACUAUAUAUGUUUUUGUGCAAAAUAUUUUUGUUCUUAUGUUUUUUUGUAUCUGAUCAUUUUGCUAGUUGGUGAAUGAGGGGGAGGGAGUAAGUUUCUUCACAUGGAUUCAUACUGGCCUCAACCAAAAGUUAUCGACAUUGACUAAGCUUCUAUGAUCUUAUUGGUCAGGGUUCAUUUUUGUGUGGACAUCAUCAUUAAUUUGUGUAUUAUUUUCUAUUAUCUGAGGAAUUCCAUUAAUUUAUUUACUUACUA